AUGACUAGCCAAUCCAGCAAUUAUUCUUUACAGACGAAAUUGGUGUCAGUGUCUCAACACCGUGAUCAGCACGGAUCGAGUGUUCCACCCCUUUACCAAUCCACGACCUUCAAGCAGACGUCGCUCGAAGACGACGCCUCACAGGCAUAUGACUACACUCGGUCCGGCAAUCCUACGCGGACGGUAGUGCAGCAUCAGAUAGGGAAGCUUUACGGAGUGGAUGCAGCGCAGGUUUUCGCUGUGAGUAGCGGAAUGACAUGCUUGGAUGUGAUUUUGCGGGGCAUAGUACUCGGUAACUCUGCAGACGUGCCCACGAUCAUCGCAGGUGACGACCUUUACGGAGGCACGCAACGUCUUCUCACGUUUCUCGCUGCGCGCAACCACGCCAAUGUCGUGCACGUAGACACCACCAACUACUCCAAGUUCACAUCUGUGUACGACCAACAGCAGCGGGUCGACUGCGUGCUGCUGGAAUCCCCCACCAACCCGCUCUGUAAAGUCGCAGACCUUCCACGUUUGACUACUUUCAUCAAGAAACGCAACCCCAAGUGUGCAGUGGUCGUUGACAACACCAUGAUGAGCGGAAUGAAUUGUAAUCCUCUACAUUUCGGCUGCGACGUCGUAUAUGAAUCUGCUACCAAGUACCUCAACGGUCACCACGAUAUCAUGGCCGGUGUCAUCAUUGCCCGUUCUCCAGAGCUGGCUCAAGAACUGUACUUCGUUAUAAACUCCAUAGGUUGUGGGCUUUCACCUCUGGACUGCUGGUUACUCAUCCGUGGGCUCAAGACGUUAGGAGUCAGACUCUAUCAACAACAGCAUAACGCCAUGGUUUUGGCUCAAUGGCUCGAAUCCUCUUGUGGCUUCACAUCUAGUGGCCAAAAUGACAAACUUUGCACUCGUUAUGUGGGACUGAAAUCACACCCUCAAUUCGAGCUGCACCGCUCAUUUAACCAGGGCCCUGGUGCUGUUCUCUCUUUCGAAACCGGUUCCUUCGAGCACUCGAAGCGCCUAGUGUCGUCUCCAAAAUUGCAAAUAUGGGCAGUAACGGUUUCAUUUGGGUGCGUUAACUCCUUGAUUUCCAUGCCUUGUAAGAUGUCUCACGCCUCUAUUGACCCCGCAGUACGCAAGGAACGCGAAUUCCCUGAAGACAUCAUAAGGCUUUGCUGUGGUAUCGAAAAUGUAGCUGACUUACAACGCGACUUACUCGGUGCAAUGGUCGAUGCCGACGUUGUUGAAUUGCGCGAUGGAGGAAGAAUCAUCUACAAUAAGCUAAAUGGGCAUAUCGGGAUGAACACCAUCGGACAAGGUACUACCCCCAACAUUUACGAUGAGUUUUACGGCCAGGAGCUAGUAAAGCGAGAGUUGGCUUUAAACAACAGAGCAAAACUUUAA